GUAAGCAUACACAGAUAUCAGCUCGCUAAUCGACCACAACAUUGCUAACCUUCCCAUCCCGGUAUAGGUGCAAGAUCCAGCUAUGGCGACAACCAAGUCGCACGUUCGCGCAGUCUCCCUGAGAAACGUCAAGAGGCGCUUCUCAAAGCCUAUCAAGGACGUACCGUGGAAUUUGCUCGAGCUUUCUCAUCAUUGGGACGACGGACUACGUCCGGCUUUCUUGGUGAGUGAAGCGAUAUGCAGUCAAACUCCAAGUUGUUGAGUGGGUUGCUGAC